AGUAGUCGCACCGACUAAUUUAUAUUAGUGUGUUCUGUUAGUGUGUUUUUUUUUUUGUGCCAAACAAAUAUCCUUAAUUAUUUUUCGUGAAUUGUUUUGAAAUUGACAAUUGGCCAAUGGUGGUAUAAAUUGAUGCCAAAUUAAAUAAGAAUAGAAAAAACGAAAAGCGUACAAAUUUGCGAGAUUUUGUAGAAGAUCGUGACAAAUUUUGCAAAAAUGAGUAAGAACUCUCGAAAGCGCAAGCAUGGUGGUCCAAACGGUCUUCAAUUGGGCGUAGGUAUUCAAUUGGGCAGUGGUAGUACAGCCGGAACGAACCCACCGUUAGACGAAGUUGAUGAAGAGGGCAUGGUUGUGGCCGAAACUUAUGCGGAAUAUUGGCCAGCAAAGUUGAAAAUUGGCAAGAAGCAUCCGGAUGCUGUAGUUGAAACGGCUUCUCUAUCGUCUGUUGCUCCAACAGACAUCAGCUACGAACUCGAGAUCCCAGAUGAAACAAUCGAUGAAGGAAAAUUGAGCGCAUUACAAUUAGAGUCCAUAAUCUAUGCAUCGCAAGCACACGAACAACUGCUGCCAAACAACUUCCGAGCUGGAUUUUUAAUCGGCGAUGGUGCUGGUGUUGGCAAAGGUCGAACGGUGGCCGGCAUCAUUUUCGAAAGUCAUCAACGUGGUCGAAAGAAGGCCAUUUGGAUUUCGGUUUCAGCUGACUUGGUCGAAGACUCCACGCGAGAUUUGAAAGACAUUGGCGCCGGGAAGAUCAAAGUUCACAAUUUGAGCAAGUUCAAAUAUGGAAAAAUUGAUUCGAAAAUCAAUGGUUACAUCAAUGAGGGUGUAAUUUUCAGCACAUACUCGUCGUUGAUUAGCAAACAAGCAAAGAACAAGAACAUCAGUCGUUUGAAUCAACUGGUGCAAUGGUUUGGCGCUGAUUAUGAUGGUGUCAUCAUCUUUGAUGAAUGCCACAAGGCCAAGCAUUUGGUCAACGCCAAAGGCGAUAGCUCACAAACUGGAAAAGCGGUCGAAGAGUUACAGGAACGACUUCCAAAUGCUCGUGUUGUAUAUGCUUCGGCAACUGGUGCGUCCGAGCCACGGAAUAUGGCCUACAUGAAUCGACUUGGUCUAUGGGGAGACGGUACACCCUUUAGAAACUUUGCACUGUUUCUCACAACCAUCGAAAAGCGUGGCGUUGGCGCAAUGGAAGUUGUUGCAAUGGACAUGAAAUUGCGUGGAAUGUACAUCGCACGACAGCUGAGCUUUAAAGGUGUCACAUUCAAAAUCGAGGAAAUUCCAUUCGAUGAAGCAUCCGAGAGAACAUACAAUGACUCUGUAGCUUUGUGGAUCGAAGCAUCAAAAAAUAUCGUAGAAGCGAUUGCAUUGAUGAAGGUUGAUCGAAAGCAAUCAAAAGUAAUAUGGGCACAGUUCUGGGGAGCUCAUCAGCGCUUCUUCAAAUACUUGUGCAUUGCAUCGAAAAUCAAAUUCGCUGUCAAAGCGGCACAAGAUGCUGUCAAGGAUGGAAAAUGUGUGGUGAUUGGGCUUCAGUCAACAGGUGAGGCGCGCACCCUCGAGGAACUCGACAUUCAAGGUGGCCAAUUGAACAACUUUGUGUCGACAGCCAAAGCUGUAUUUCAUUCAAUGAUCCGGAAGCAUUUUCCAGCUCCAAAUAAGCCAAUCCAAAAGGAAAAAAAGACAAUCGCAAAAAAGGAAUCGAAAGUGAUUGCACCGAAAGCAACAUCGAAGCCGGCACGUAAGCGUUCCGCUGGUCCAUCACAUGCAAGCACACGUACAAAACGUCCACGAUUUACCAUCACCGUUCAUGAUUCGGACACAGAAACGAGCUCUGACUCGGACUGUGAUAUUGAAAUAAAUGAAUGGGACAGCUCGUCAAGCGAUGAAAGCAUUGUCACAGUUGCUUCAAACAGCAGUGACACGACCGUUAUACUCAAUCACUCAAAUCAUUCAGAUUUCGAUGAUGAUUUCGACGAUGAAGACUUCAAGAUCGUCGAUCUUCAAAAGACAGACAGUGAUUUGAAUAACAACUCACAAUCUGAUCGCGGUGACAAUGAGAAGAUGAAGUUGAACGCAGAACAGGCUGCUCGUAUGAAAGCGGAUCUAUUGAACAAGAUCGAGAAACUUGGUGAACGUUUGCCAACAAACACAUUGGACAAUUUGAUCGAUUUACUCGGUGGAACAAGUAAGGUAGCCGAAUUAACAGGUCGCAAGGGUCGUGUAGUGCGAACUCGAAAAGGUGUCGAAUAUGAGUCACGCGCCGAAGAUGAUGUCUCAUUGGAAAAGCUAAAUAUUCGUGAAAAAGAACGUUUUAUGAAUGGUGAAAAAUUGAUUGCAAUCAUUUCGGAGGCGGCAUCAAAUGGGAUCUCACUGCAAAGUGAUCGUCGGGUAAAGAAUAAGCGUCGUCGUGUGCACAUCACACUCGAAUUGCCAUGGUCAGCUGAUCGUGCCAUUCAACAAUUUGGUCGAACACAUCGUGCCAAUCAGGUCAGUCCACCGGAAUACAUAUUUUUGAUUAGCGAUUUGGCUGGCGAACGUCGAUUUGCUGCAUCGGUCGCAAAGCGACUUGAAUCACUUGGAGCAUUAACUCAUGCCGAUCGACGUGCAACCGACACUCGCGAUCUCUCACAAUUCAACGUCGAGAAUCGCUAUGGCAAAAAUGCACUUGGUACCGUUUAUGAUAGCAUCCUUCGUCGUGGUAGAAACGAUUCGAUCCCACCACCGAAAGAGUAUAAAGGUGACUUUUUUGAAGAUUUAUCGAAUGCAUUGAUUGGCGUCGGCUUAAUGGAAGACAUCGAAGGUUUGACGAACAAGCAACGUCUCAAGGACGGAGCCCGAUCAGAUAUUGCCAGAUUCUUGAAUCGCAUUCUGGGCUUGCCGGUUAAACUACAAAACCAUCUGUUUAAAUACUUCACGGACACGAUGGAUAAAUUGAUCGAUGAUGCCAAAAAGGCUGGCAAAUACGAUAUGGGCAUCAUGGACAUGGGCAAUACCAACAACGUGAAGGUGCUCAGCACCCGAACAUUCAAUCGUAAACAUGCCACUGGCAUUGCACCCAUUGAGCUUCAUACCAUCGAAAUUGACCGAGGAAUCACAUUCGAAGAGGCAGAAAAAAAAUACGCCAAAUCAAAUGAUCAGAACGAAGGCUUUUAUAUAUCAAAAAUCGGUUCACGCAAAACAGCCACACUUGCCAUGUUUGCAAAUAGUUCACAGCAUUCAACUCUAAUGCAAAUUUACCGUCCAAAUGUUGGUAUUUUGACGCGCCAGGAAUAUUUGACUGAUAUUCUAAGCAAGAACUACAAAGUGGCACCAAAAGAUGCGAAAAAGUCCUGGAAUGACCAAUAUGAAGCAUCGCAGAAAAUGUGCGCGCAUAAAUAUUGGUGGGGAAAUUGUAAAAAUGCAGCUGCUGGUUUCUUUUGUGAUUUCGGUUUGCGCAAGCGUGAAUACUACGUGGUGGCUGGUUCAAUUUUUGCAGUUUGGCAGCGCAUUGAGCACCAAAUCAACCAACAUGAACAAGGAAUGGUGGGCAAAUUACAGGUGAUUCGUAUGAAAACGGCCGAAGGACGAAAGAUUGUUGGAGUUUUGGUGCCACAAUCCAGCGUCACUCACAUCAUCGAAGAUCUCGAAAAAGACUCGGUUCAACUCGACAACUAAUUGACAUGACUUUAUUUCAUGCAAUCACACAUCUAUUCGACGUAGAUCGUAUUUUUUAAGUUUUGAUGAAAUCACCCAACGAAUAUUUACUUAUUUUUUUUCUAGUUUAAUUUUUUUUAUUCAUUUAAUUGCUUCCACUGCUUAUGGUUUUUUGUAAGCAGAUAGUUCAGAAAAGAGCCAAAUUAAGCAAAAUAUUGAAAAUUAAGUUAGACUGAUGACUGAAUUUCUAAAAGAGAUUUCUUAUUUUCAAGGGAAUUUCUAAUUAAGAAAAAUAUUCUAACAAUGGAAGAAAUGUAUGCGAACAAUCGCUUUCUCAUCCAAAAAGACUAGAAAAAUAAAAUAUUUUUGAAGUUGACAUUGA